AUGAACGUGGCGUUGCCUGUCGAGAUCCUGACUACUAUCCUUGUGGACUGCAUAGUCGACCAUCCAGAUUACACCGCUGCUCCACAUCGGGCGACUUACACUUAUCUGGCCGACAUCUCACUCGCCAUAUCGCAUGCCUGCCGCCUAUGGAGAAAUAUAGCCCUUAGUCCUGGCGGAAGGCGUUUGUGGGCCCAUGCCCCGUUACGGCACAAGCCUGCAUGUGUCGAUGCGUUCAUGCAACGCUCGCACCCUCUCCCUGUCCUCCUCAAAUUUGAGGCAAUCCUGAUCGAUGACUUCGAUCCCAUGAAAUCAUAUCUUCCCGCAGUGUUUAAGGCACUUGAGUACCGUACGAGAGUCGGCUCUCUGCUCCUACGCUUGAUCGUCGACGAAUACUCUGACUACCCUGACGAACACAAGCAAGAGUACUACGACGCCUGCGCCACAAUGUCAAAUAUUCUUGACGAACAUACUUUCCCAACGCUGGAAUACUUGUCAUGGAGGUCUUUUAUCAAGGAAGACGGGGAGGAGAUCUCGGGAAACGUGUUCACAUCGGACGUUCCGCGCUCACUGAGAAGACUCGACCUCGCCACCAUCACUACCACGUCUCGCAAUCCCAUUCUACGAGCACCAUUGACUUCUCUUGUUCUCGAACGGUGCGGGUGCUGGCUCGGAGUCGAUGACUUCAUCUCCACUCUUCACAACAUGCCAUUGCUCGAGACGCUGGCAAUCUCUUCAGAAGGUGGACCCGAAACUUUCGAAGAGUUAGAGAGCUCUACUCGUCACCAACGCCGCUCCGUAACUCUACCCCGCCUGUCACGGCUCGCACUACACGAUACACUCGAAAAUACCGUUCUGUUGUUUGCCUACCUACACGUGCCUGUAACGUGUCGCAUCGACAUGGCCCCAUCGUACGAUCAUUAUCGACCCAUCGAGGAUUCACGUCAAUACUGGGAACACUGGAGCGUCUUACGAACGGCGCUGCGCGCGCAUUUCGAACCCUUCGCCUUUGAAAGAAUCGUCGUCAGCGGCAUUGGAGACAGAAGUGACAGGUUCCUGAUAUCUGCCUCGUCAGCAACGCUGCCCACGAUGGAUCUCAACUUCGUCUGCCAUCCUGAAGAGUUCUGUCUCACGGACAUGCACCUUCUACGGACGCUUCGCGAUCUGCUGUUGCUUCCAUUCCUAUCAAGAGCAUCAACCAUCGUCGCGCAAGACAUACGGGUGCUCCAGCCGUUGCUUUACCAAUUCUCCGAUCAUGAUGAAGGCCAAUCAAUUGCCAGUCCCUUCUCGGCUGUGCGCAAUGCGAUAGUCGCUGAUGCCGCAACCGAUGACAUUGGACGCGCUCUCUCCGAUCCGUCUUUGCUCCCUGCGUUGCAGACCAUCGAGGUUCGCCAGAUGUUGGUUGACGACGGAAGGGACACAGAAAGCUCACAGUGGAAGUUCGGCGCCCUUCUUCGCGGACUCUGGGCUCGAGGGCGUCUGGACUCCGUGCAAGCUAUACAAACCGUGAACCUACGACACUGCGCUGUGGUGAAGGAGGCAGUGGACGCUCUGGCCGCGUCUGUUCACGCUAGAAUCUCGUGGGAUGGGCUCUGCGUGUACCCAGACCGCAACGUGUCGAAGAAGAUCGCUCGUUUGGAUGACCAGGCGGAGCAUGUUGGUAUCCUUGCGCAGAUCCUUGACAGGUAG